AUGCUGCUGUACACUGAUACCGACUCGGUAUGGUGUAAGGUGUUCCCUUCCACGCUAGUUAGGCUUGGCCAAACGUGGUUCAAGAGUAUACCACCGGCAACUGUCUUCGACUUCCGCCAGCUCACAUCCAUGUUUGUUACCCACUUUGUUAGAAACAAGCGCAUGGAAAAGACUACCGCCGAGUUGAUGUCCAUCAAGCAAGGAGACUCCGAAAGCUUGAGGGACUAUGUAGGGCGCUUCAAUGUGGAAGCCGUUACCAUCCCCAGUCUGCAGCAGGAGGUAGCAGUCUUAGCCCUGAUGACAGGUCUAAAAGAAGGGACUGCCUUCAGAAGUUACCUGGGCCGCAAAAAGCUGAGAAGCCUAACAAAAGUCUUAGGGAAGGCGAAUGACUUCAUCCGAGGAGAGGAGUUUGACAAGGCGGUAACUACUAAGAGGCCAGAAGGAGAUGGGAAGGAAAAGGAGAAAGAUCGAAGGGAGGACAAGUACCGGAAGGAUAAGAAGCCGGAAAAGUCCGGCAGGAGAGAGGAGAGUAAUUCGGUAAAGAAAGGCCAGGAAGGGUGA